GAAGCUUUUUGGGGGCGGGGGGGGGGGGGGGGGAGACCGAGCGAACAUGUCGGUGCUGAUCGUGACGAGUUUAGGCGACAUAGUGGUGGACUUGCACGCCGAUAGGUGCCCCUUGACCUGCAAGAACUUCCUCAAGCUCUGCAGGAUCAAGUACUACAAUGGGUGUCUGUUCCACAAUGUACAGAAGGAUUUCACUGCACAGACAGGCGACCCCACUGGGACCGGAACAGGCGGCGAUUCCGUUUAUAAAUUUCUCUAUGGUGAUCAGGCCCGCUUUUUCAUGGACGAGAUUCAUCUUGAUCUAAAACACUCCAAGACGGGAACGGUUGCCAUGGCAAGUGCUGGAGAAAAUCUCAAUGCUUCUCAGUUCUAUUUCACAUUGCGGGAUGAUUUGGAUUAUCUUGAUGGAAAGCACACGGUGUUUGGUGAAGUUGCAGAAGGAAUUGAGACAUUGACUAGGAUUAAUGAAGCCUAUGUAGAUGAGAAGGGGAGACCCUAUAAAAACAUCAGGAUCAGGCACACAUAUAUACUGGAUGAUCCUUUUGAUGACCCUCCCCAGCUAGCUGAGUUGAUUCCUGAUGCUUCCCCCGAAGGAAAGCCGAAAGAUGAGGUGGUUGAUGAAGUGCGACUUGAAGAUGAUUGGGUACCUUUGGAUGAGCAACUAGGCCCGGCUCAGCUUGAGGAGGCAAUUCGUGUUAAGGAAGCACGCUCUAGUGCAGUUGUGCUUGAGAGUAUUGGGGAUAUUCCUGAUGCUGAGAUAAAGCCUCCAGAUAAUGUGCUCUUUGUUUGUAAACUGAAUCCAGUCACCGAAGAUGAGGACUUGCAUACAAUCUUUUCACGAUUUGGAACAGUGGUAUCGGCUGAUGUCAUCCGUGAUUUUAAGACUGGAGAUAGUUUAUGCUAUGCAUUCAUAGAGUUCGAGAACAAGGAUUCAUGUGAGCAGGCAUAUUUUAAGAUGGACAAUGCCUUGAUUGAUGACAGGAGGAUAAAGGUGGAUUUUAGCCAGAGUGUUGCAAAACUUUGGUCCCAGUACAAACGUAAAGAUAGCCAAGCGGCUAAAGGAAAAGGUUGCUUUAAAUGUGGGGCUCCUGAUCACAUGGCCAGGGAAUGUACUGGAAGCUCCAGCUCCACUAGACAGCCACCUUCAAAGUACAUUCUGAAGGAGGACAACGCUCAGAGGGGUGGAGAUGACUCUAGGUAUGAAAUGGUCUUUGAUGAAGAUGCACCAAAAAGUCCAAGUCAUGGAAAGAAAAGGCGAGGACGAGAUGACUGGGAUGAUAGCCAUAAGAUGAGCAGGCAAAGUGCAGAAAAAACAAAAUUCAGUGAUAAAGAGAGAAGGCACUCUGUUAAUAAGCAUAAGCACAGCGAAAGAAGUAAGCAUAGAGAGAAUGAAAUGAGUCGAGACGGUAAAGGUAGUGAAGCUGGUAGGAGAAGAAUUGACAGGGAUUAUCCGGAAGAGCAAAGAGACCGAGAGAAAUAUGUGGAGAGUCACGGAGACAGAGAUGGCAAGAGAGGUGAUUAUCGAGAUUAUAAAAAAGGAAGAGCAGAUAUUGAGAAUCACAAAGAUAGGAGAGGUGAUGAAAACUAUAGUAGAAAGAGUGCUGCUUAUGAUGAUGGCCAUGAAGGUGGCAGAAAUGCUAAGAGAAAAGAUCCCAAGGAUGAUCACCAUGCAGAUAGGAGAGGGUAUGGAGAUUCUAGGAAGCGAACUAGAGAUGAAGAUGGUGAUGGACGAGGAAGGAGGGAUGACCCUAGUUAUAGGAGAAGCAAUGGGCACAAAGAUAGCUGCAAUGGUGGAAGGGAAGAGCAUAAGUAUAGAAGUUGAGACACAGAUGGCAAGAGUCAUCGGGAGAGAAGCCAUUGAGGCGAUAGCAGGAGAUGAAGGGCCGGCCAGAGUACAAAGACUUUUCUGAUGAUGAACAGGUCAAUGACAAUUCUUCUACUUGAGAGCUUCCUCGUAGGGAUAAUGCUCUACGAGAAGCAAUGUAGGACGGGAUGCCUAUUGCUAUCUAUCAGCGUGCUGCAUGACUUUAAAUAGCUGAUGUUGACCAUGUCCCAAAAUUCUGGUUUUGAUUGGGAUUAUUUUGCACUCA